GCCAAAUAACGAUGACGGUGUUAUAAUCUGAAGCGUAACCUGACUUUUUUUGGGUUAAAUAAAAUGUGAGAAGAUGAUAUUUGAAAAAGUGAAAAUGUUUGCUAAGACGGAUAGAUUUUGGGACCGCAGAAAGUACAAAGUUGCACGAUGACGUCAGUAUAUCGAUUAUACGACUGUAUAAAAUAAUAAAAAAGUCACAUUUGAAUUAUUAUACCUAAUGCUUUUUUGUGUGUCGCCUAGAACGUGUGUGAUUUUUAUUAAUUUGCUGUAAUAGUUUCGUUACUUUUAUAUGUGUUAAAUGUUCAAAAGCAAUAAUAGUUAAGUGAAAUAUUAAUUAUAAGUAUUCUCUUGUAAAUUAAUAGCUAAAUACCGUUCUAAACGAUGAAUAACGCGGGUAAUAAUGUAAAAAUUCUAUAACUCUAAAUAAAUUCCGUUCCUAUAGUUAAUACUUUUAUAAACCGAGAAAACGGGGCCAAAAAUCUACACACCAAAACAAUAACUGUAUAGAUAGAUAAAUUUAUUAGAAAACCUUUCGUCUGGUGACGAUAAAAUAAAAAAAUACAUCAUGGUGCCAAACGGGACAGCGUUGAUCGCUAAAACCACAGUGGCUACAGUGAAUAGCACAUUAAAUUCAACUUUCCUAGUCCCUACAUACAUGAGCCAAGAGGAGUUCUUAGCAUUGCAAAUGACUAACGGCUCGGAGAGCAAUAGCACUUUUAAUGAUACGUUUUUUAACCAAGUGUUAUUAAAGACCUGGUACCCCAGUGGUUACUCGCCCGCCCAUAUCAUAAUUGCCUCCGUGGUAGUGACAGUUUUAAUGAUUAUGGUGGUUGUUGGAAAUAUGUUGGUGAUAAUAGCAAUAGCUACUGAGAAGGCGUUGAAGAACAUACAGAACUGGUUUAUAGCUUCCCUUGCUGUAUCGGACUUUUUUCUCGGGUUGGUGAUAAUGCCGUUCUCUCUAGCGAACGAGCUGAUGGGAUAUUGGAUUUUCGGUUUCUGGUGGUGUGAAAUACAUUCAGCUUUAGACGUGUUGUUGUGCACAGCAUCCAUAAUGAAUUUGUGUCUCAUAUCCUUGGAUCGGUACUGGAGCAUAACCCAGGCAGUAGACUAUCUGAAGAAGCGGACGCCAGCUCGCGCAUUGUUGAUGAUAGCCGCUGUUUGGUUGAUGAGUGGUCUCGUCUGUAUACCGCCGCUGCUGGGAUGGAGAGUCACCAGGCCGCCAGAACAAUUCCCCCAAUGCAAGGUGUCAGACGACAUCGGCUAUGUGGUUUAUUCAGCUCUGGGUAGCUUCUACAUCCCAUCAUGCAUCAUGGUGUUCGUUUAUAUAAGAAUAUACUACGCUGCAAAGGCGCGAGCGAGAAGAGGUAUAAGAAAAAAUCCGCGACCACGGCCGAAUGAACAGCAGACGAGCUUUUCAAACGCGCCGAAAGGCACGCGACCGAUGCCGACGUCAUCCUCGCUGUCAAUGCCGCCCGGUGUAGAUGCCAGUAAUUCUAAUAAUAAUAGAGAAGGUCAGAUAUCUACUAUCGAGACACAACAAGUCGCGAUACCAACGGUUACCUGUGACUUCGCCUCUGAUAUAUCUACCAGCGAGGCAGGAGACGGUGCUGCCAUCGAUGACAGAAAGGACACAUUAAAGGUGGUAACAGCGGCUCAAGUAACGAGAAAUCCUCUCGCGGCAUGCCCAUACAGGAGUUCGACGUUAUCUGUGAAUGGAGAAUUACAACUCCAAGCACAAAGAGGCCGAGCUCCCAGCGUCGCAAUAGAUACAGACAUGGUAUCGGAAUUAGAGCCUUCAUCAUCCGACUCGGGUGUCGUUUCCCGUUGUGCUGUUGUUAAACCCCUUAAGCUAAGAAUAUGUCAGCCGAUAUUCGGCAAGAAACACGAAUCCUCUCGAAGACAGGAAAAAGCACAGCCAACUAAAGCAGAACUUGAACCAGCGCUACCAAAACAGCACAAGCCAAGGGAUCCAGAACGAGAAAAAAGAAGAUUAGCUAGAAAGAAAGAAAAAAGGGCGACGUUAAUAUUAGGUUUAAUCAUGGGCAGCUUCAUAGCUUGCUGGUUGCCAUUUUUCUUCCUUUAUAUUUUAAAAGCAGCUUGCAGGAGUUGUAUGAUACCGGCUAGUGCGUUCGCGAUUGCUUUCUGGCUGGGUUAUAUGAACUCUGUGCUGAACCCUGUCAUAUAUACAAUAUUUAACAAGGAUUUCAGAAGAGCGUUUAGGCGUAUACUGUUCAAGUGAUGUUUAGCCUACCUGUGCUGUUACCGAUGUGUGGCUAACAGGAUAAUGUUGGCCCAACAACGUGCGGCACCAGGUCUUUACAAUGUGCGAUAAUCAUUCACAGGAUUUCAUAAACUUUCAUGAACUUUCAUGAACUUUCAUAGACUUUCACAGACUUUCUUCUACAAUGCUUAGAUUUACUG